GUGCACGCCGACCAGCUCCCUGGAAGAAAGAAAGAGAAAAUCCCGAAGAAGGAAAGGAAGAAGCCUAAAGUCACUGGUGCAAAGGAGCAAAGAAGAGACAUUUCCCUCCCCUCCUCCUCCCUCUUUUCCCCUCCCCAGGAGGAAAGAGAAGGGGAAAAAAAAGAAACUUUCACCUUGGACUCUUCUUUUUUUGGUGCAAACUUUCCCCCCCCUCCCCUCUUCUUUUUUCCUUUUUUCCCCCCAUUCCCCUCUUUUUUUUUUUCUUUUUUUUUCCCCCCCUUCCCCUUUUUGCAAAAUUGCUGCUGGUGGGGUGAGCCAGGAGGAAAAUGCCGCAGCUGAACGGCGGUGGAGGGGACGACCUGGGCGCCAACGAUGAACUGAUCUCUUUCAAAGACGAAGGGGAGCAGGAGGAGAAGAUCUCCGAGAACUCCUCGGCGGAGAGGGAUUUAGCUGAUGUCAAGUCGUCUCUCGUCAAUGAAUCAGAAACGAAUCAAAACAGCUCCUCAGACUCGGAGGCGGAGCGGCGGCCCCCGCCUCGGUCCGAAACUUUCAGAGAUAAAUCCCGGGAAAGUUUAGAGGAAGCUGCGAAGAGGCAAGAUGGAGGGUUGUUUAAGGGCCCACCAUACCCGGGUUAUCCCUUUAUAAUGAUCCCCGACCUCAGCAGCCCGUAUCUGCCCAAUGGAUCGCUCUCUCCGACGGCGAGAACGUAUCUGCAGAUGAAAUGGCCACUGCUUGAUGUUCAGGCAGGGAGCCUUCAGAGUAGACAAGCCCUCAAGGAUGCUAGGUCUCCAUCUCCAGCACACAUUGUUUCUAACAAAGUGCCAGUUGUGCAGCACCCACACCAUGUACACCCUCUUACGCCGCUUAUCACAUACAGCAAUGAGCACUUCACACCAGGAAACCCUCCUCCACACUUACCAGCUGACGUAGAUCCCAAAACAGGAAUUCCAAGACCUCCACAUCCUCCAGAUAUAUCUCCUUAUUAUCCAUUAUCACCAGGCACUGUAGGACAAAUCCCCCAUCCGCUAGGAUGGUUAGUACCACAGCAAGGUCAGCCAGUGUACCCAAUCACGACAGGGGGUUUCCGCCACCCUUACCCAACAGCUCUGACCGUCAAUGCUUCCAUGUCAAGCUUUCUCUCCUCUAGGUUUCCUCCACACAUGGUCCCGCCACACCAUAGUUUACAUACAACUGGAAUCCCUCAUCCGGCCAUAGUCACACCAACAGUCAAACAGGAAUCUUCCCAGAGCGACGUUGGCUCACUCCACAGCUCAAAACAUCAGGACUCCAAAAAAGAAGAAGAGAAAAAGAAGCCACACAUAAAGAAACCUCUUAAUGCAUUUAUGUUGUAUAUGAAGGAAAUGAGAGCAAAAGUUGUAGCAGAAUGCACAUUGAAAGAGAGCGCAGCCAUCAACCAAAUCCUCGGUCGAAGGUGGCACGCGUUAUCCAGAGAAGAACAAGCGAAAUACUAUGAACUAGCAAGAAAGGAACGACAGCUUCAUAUGCAGCUGUACCCAGGCUGGUCCGCACGGGAUAACUAUGGAAAGAAGAAGAAGAGGAAAAGGGAUAAGCAGCCAGGAGAGACCAAUGAACACAGCGAAUGUUUCCUAAAUCCUUGCCUUUCACUUCCUCCGAUUACAGACCUGAGCGCUCCUAAGAAAUGCCGAGCGCGCUUUGGCCUUGAUCAACAGAAUAACUGGUGCGGCCCCUGCAGGAGAAAAAAAAAGUGCGUUCGCUACAUACAAGGUGAAGGCAGCUGCGUCAGCCCACCCUCUUCAGAUGGAAGCUUACUAGACUCUCCUCCGUCCUCCCCCGCCAUGCUCGCCUCCCCCUCCAGAGACUCGAAACCACAGACUGAACAAACGCAACCCCUCUCGCUCUCAUUGAAGCCCGACCCGCUGGCGCACCUGGUCAUGAUGCCGCCGCCAUCCUCGCUCGUCCUCGCCGAGAGCGCUGCGAGCAAGCCCGGCGCCCUGCCUGCCGCCAGCUGCCCCAACGGGGCCCUGGACCACCCGCCGGCCGCCCUCCCGCCGGCCGCCGCCGCAUCCCUAGCACAGCCCUCGACGUCCUCCUUGCAUUCCCACAGCUCGCUGGCGGGGACACAGCCCCAGCCGCUCUCCCUCGUAACCAAGUCCUUAGAAUAGCUUUAGCCUCGUUAGCCCUUUCGGUUUCCUUUGGGGGGAUUGAAUUCUGUUGGGAUUUGGGGUUUUGGUUUUUUCCUUUCCUUUUGGGUUUUUUUUUUUUUGGUUUUUUGUUUUUUUCCUUCUCCUCGUCGUUGUCCGCUGUUCGUCGUCGUUUCUCGGUUUCGUUUUUAAUUCGUGCCAUGUGGCUACAUUAGUUGAUGUUUUAUCGAGUUCAUUGGUCAAUAUUUGACCCAUUCUUAUUUCAAUUUCUCCUUUUUAAAUAUGUAGAUGAGAAAAGCCUCAUGAUUCUGCCAAAAUUUUUAUCAACAGCUGUUUAAAGUCUUUGUAGCGUUUAAAAAAUAUAUAUAUAUACAUAAUUGUUAUGUAGUUCCAAUAGCUUAGUUUUAAAGACUGAUUUUAAAAAUUAAAAAAAAAAAAAAGAAGCAAUUUUGAAGCAGCCCUUGCCGGAGGCAUUGGUUCUUUAUUAUUUGUAUUAAAUACGAGCUUGCGAACCAAUCAUUUUACAUCUGGUUUUUAAACCUUUAAGGGCACAACGAAUGCGGUGCCGCUACUACUUCUUUUUUUUUCUUCCUUGUGUGAAACAACCUUUAUUGUGAUGUUACUUGUUAUUGUUUAAAUGUACAGAAACAAAGGGUUAAAAAAAAUGUGUUAAUAUACCUUGUUCCAUGGUGUUGUUCUUUUUGGGGGAGGGAACGCUACUCAACAAUUAAAAGUAUCACAACGCUA